GCUGCGCUGAGUUUCCACACGGACGACUUUGACAGGAGCACCAGCUUUAGCCAUGAAGGAGUUUCUAAGGAAGGUGCACAGCAUCUUUCUGAAGAUCGUCCUAUUUCCGAGCACAUUUGGCAGGAAGGCCCCGCGUCCAGCAGCCUCAGAGGUGCUCACCUGUCACUUACAGCAGAGGAAACUUCCCCCGUGGACUUCUUUCUGUGUCCGCUACAGCUCCGUCCACAAUGACCAGUUUGGAUUGUCCAAUUUUAACUGGAAAGUUAAGGAAGCCAACUACCACAUACUGAGGACAGGCUGCUUCCCUUUUAUAAAAUAUCACUGUACCAAAGCUCCACCACAGAACCUGGACUUUGAGGACAAGUUUUUCACUGUGCUGAAAGCUAUUAAUCUAGGUAUCCCAUGUUUGGCCUAUGGCAUUGGUUGCUGGAUGGUGGUGGGAGCUGCAGAAACAGUGCAGACAAGUGUUGGACCUGUCACAGUUUAUUUUGCCUACAAAGAACAAGAAGGGGCACAGUACUAAAACCAUAAAACACAUGUGCUAUGCUGUUGUAUUUCAGACAGUUCCCAAGUAAUGCUCAGGUGGCUCUGUUGACAAAAGUGCUAUCCAUGUCAUUAGUGCUCCCAUUGUUUGACUGAACAGGUUCAUUUUGUGUUUAAUUAUUAAAGAUUUAAAAGUUGC